AGCCCCCUUCAGUCAUGCUGUUGAAUGGUGACUGCUCAGAGAGCUUGAAGAAGGAAGAAGGGACAGCUGAGCUACCCAAAGAAAAUGGGCUGGAUGAGGGUGAGCCUGGUGAUGAGACCACUGGACAGGAAGUCAUUGUCAUUCAGGACACAGGCUUUUCUGUGAAGAUCCUGGCCCCUGGCAUUGAGCCCUUUUCCUUGCAGGUAUCCCCCCAGGAGAUGGUGCAGGAGAUCCACCAGGUGCUCAUGGACCGUGAGGACACUUGUCACCGUACCUGCUUCUCACUGCACCUGGAUGGCAACAUGCUGGACCACUUCUCAGAGCUUCGUAGUGUGGAGGGUCUGCAGGAGGGCUCGGUGCUCCGAGUUGUGGAAGAGCCUUACACAGUUCGUGAGGCCCGUAUCCAUGUGCGUCACGUCCGAGACCUCCUCAAGAGCUUGGACCCAUCUGAUGCCUUCAACGGAGUUGACUGCAAUUCCUUGUCCUUCCUGAGUGUCUUCACUGAUGGUGACUUAGGAGACAGUGGGAAACGGAAGAAGGGCUUGGAGAUGGACCCCAUUGACCACUGUGUCCCCUGCAGCCCCAGAACCGUGACUGGAAGCCCCUGCAGUGUCUGAAAGUGCUCACCAUGAGCGGCUGGAACCCACCUCCUGGGAACCGCAAGAUGCACGGGGACCUCAUGUACCUGUUUGUGAUCACUGCUGAGGACCGGCAAGUCAGCAUCACCGCAUCCACGAGGGGCUUCUACCUGAAUCAGUCCACAGCCUACCACUUCAAUCCCAAGCCUGCCAGCCCCCGCUUCCUCAGCCAUUCCCUAGUAGAACUGCUCAACCAGAUCAGCCCAACCUUUAAAAAGAACUUUGCUGUCCUGCAGAAGAAAAGGGUCCAGCGCCAUCCGUUCGAGAGGAUUGCUACCCCGUUCCAGGUAUACAGCUGGACAGCCCCUCAGGCAGAGCAUGCCAUGGACUGUGUACGUGCUGAGGACGCCUACACCUCAAGGCUGGGCUAUGAGGAGCACAUUCCUGGACAGACCCGUGACUGGAAUGAAGAGCUGCAGACAACAAGGGAGUUGCCCCGCAAGAACCUGCCUGAGCGGCUACUUCGAGAAAGAGCCAUAUUCAAGGUGCACAGUGAUUUCCCCGCAGCAGCCACAAGGGGUGCCAUGGCAGUUAUUGAUGGCAAUGUGAUGGCCAUCAACCCCAGCGAGGAGACCAAGAUGCAGAUGUUCAUCUGGAACAACAUCUUCUUUAGCCUGGGCUUUGAUGUCCGGGACCACUACAAAGACUUUGGUGGGGAUGUGGCAGCCUAUGUGGCGCCCAGCAAUGACCUGAAUGGUGUGCGCACUUACAAUGCUGUAGAUGUGGAGGGGCUGUACACACUGGGUACAGUGGUAGUGGAUUACCGCGGUUACCGUGUCACAGCUCAGUCCAUCAUCCCUGGCAUCCUGGAGAGGGACCAGGAGCAGAGUGUCAUCUAUGGCUCCAUUGACUUUGGCAAAACAGUGGUGUCGCACCCACGCUAUCUGGAGCUUCUAGAGCGCACCAGCCGGCCCCUCAAGAUCCUGCGUCACCGAGUGCUUAAUGACCGAGACGAGGAGGUGGAGCUCUGCUCCUCAGUGGAGUGUAAGGGCAUCAUUGGCAAUGAUGGACGCCACUAUAUCCUUGACCUGCUCCGCACUUUCCCACCGGACCUCAACUUCCUCCCUGUGCCUGGGGAGGAGCUGCCUGAGGAGUGCACUCGUGCUGGCUUCCCUCGAGCCCAUCGACACAAGCUGUGCUGUCUGCGCCAGGAGCUGGUGGAUGCCUUUGUGGAGCACAGGUACCUUCUCUUCAUGAAGCUGGCUGCUUUACAGUUGAUGCAGCAGAAGGCCAACAAGGAGACCCCCUCCUCCCUGGAGAAUGGUGGUCCUCCCUCCUCAGCAGAGGCUGACUCUGAAGACUCAGUAGGACCUGAGGCAGGAAGUGAGGAGGAGGGCAGUAGUGUGAGUGGCCUCGCCAAGGUGAAGGAGCUGGCAGAGACGAUCGCCUCAGACGAUGGCACAGUAGACCCUCGAAGCCGAGAGGUGAUUCGAAAUGCCUGCAAGGCUGUUGGCUCCAUCAGCAGCACGGCCUUUGACAUUCGCUUCAACCCUGACAUCUUUUCCCCAGGGGUUCCUUUUCCUGAGUCCUGCCAGGAUGAAGUUCAGGACCAGAAGCAACUGUUGAAAGAUGCAGCAGCCUUCUUGCUCUUCUGCCAGAUCCCUGGUUUGGUAAAGGAUUGCACAGAGCAUGCUGUGUUGCCCAUGGAUGGGGCCACGCUGGCUGAGGUGAUGCGCCAACGUGGUAUCAACAUGCGCUACCUGGGCAAGGUGCUGGAUCUGGUGCUACGGAGUCCGGCCCGUGACCAGCUGGACCACAUUUAUAAAAUCGGUAUUGGAGAACUCAUCACACGCUCUGCCAAGCAUAUCUUCAAGACGUAUCUACAGGGAGUGGAGCUCUCAGGCCUCUCAGCUGCCAUCAGCCACUUCCUGAACUGUUUCCUGAGCUCCUACCCCAACCCUGUGUCCCACCUGCCCGCUGAUGAGCUGCUCUCCAAGAAAAGGAACAAGAGGAGCAAAAGCCGGCCUCCCGGAGCUGCAGACAACACUGCCUGGGCUGUGAUGACCCCCCAGGAGCUCUGGAAGAACAUCUGCCAGGAGGCCAAGAACUACUUUGACUUCACCCUUGGGUGUGAUUCUGUGGACCAGGCUGUGGAGACCUACGGGCUGCAGAAGAUAACACUGCUUCGAGAGAUCUCCCUGAAAACCGGGAUCCAGAUUCUGCUGAAGGAGUACAGCUUUGACAGCCGCCACAAGCCUGCCUUCACUGAGGAGGACGUGCUCAACAUCUUUCCUGUGGUGAAGCAUGUCAACCCCAAGGCCUCAGAUGCCUUCCACUUCUUCCAGAGUGGGCAGGCCAAAGUACAGCAGGGCUUCCUGAAGGAAGGCUGUGAGCUCAUCAAUGAGGCCCUGAACCUGUUCAAUAACGUGUAUGGAGCCAUGCAUGUGGAGAUCUGCGCCUGCCUGCGUCUCCUGGCCCGCCUCCACUACAUCAUGGGUGACUAUGCUGAGGCACUCAGCAACCAACAGAAGGCAGUGCUGAUGAGUGAGCGGGUGAUGGGCAUCGAGCAUCCCAACACCAUCCAGGAGUAUAUGCACCUGGCCCUGUACUGCUUUGCCAGUAGCCAGCUGUCUACAGCCCUGAGCCUGCUGUAUCGUGCCCGCUACCUCAUGCUGCUUGUAUUUGGGGAGGACCACCCUGAGAUGGCAUUGUUGGAUAACAACAUCGGGCUGGUGCUGCAUGGCGUAAUGGAGUAUGACCUAUCCCUGCGUUUCCUAGAGAAUGCAUUGGCUGUCACCACCAAGUACCAUGGGCCCAAGGCCCUUAAGGUGGCUCUCAGCCACCACCUUGUUGCCCGGGUCUACGAAAGCAAAGCUGAAUUCCGGUCAGCCCUUCAGCAUGAGAAGGAAGGUUAUACCAUCUACAAGACGCAGCUAGGUGAGGACCAUGAGAAGACCAGGGAGAGCUCUGAGUACCUCAAGUGCCUGACCCAGCAGGCUGUAGCCUUGCAGCGCACCAUGAAUGAGAUCUACCGCAAUGGCUCCAGUGCUAACAUCCCACCCCUUAAGUUCACAGCUCCUAGAAUGGCCAGUGUCCUGGAGCAGCUCAAUGUCAUCAAUGGCAUUCUCUUCAUUCCUCUCAGCCAAAAAGAUUUGGAAAACCUGAAGGCAGAGGUGGCACGGCGACACCAGCUCCAGGAGGCCAGCAGAAACAGGGAUAAGGCUGAUGAUGUGGCCACUGAUCCUGAGCCAGCAAGAGCCCAGCAAGAGGACAUGGGCUCCCCUCAGACUGCCAAGGAGGAUCCUUCUCUAAGCGUACAGGGAUAAAAAAAGGAGAGAAACAUGGACAGUCAGCAGCCCCAUUACCCAGUGAUGCAGACAGACUCCAGGAGAAGGGGGCAUGCCCUGCAGAUUGGGAGACGAAGCUAGUCCUCCACUUUCCACCCUUGCCCCACCCCCAGUAUUUGACUGGGGCCCCAGCCUGGCCUGCCUGCCCCCAAAAGAUAGUUUGCACUGGUUCAAUGAAUAUUCAAUGCAGAGGCCUAAUUGAAGAGAAGAGAAUGAAGUGUGUAGGCAUCAACUCCAGCUAGGGGCAAAUGCCCCCCGCCUCCCGUCCUCAAGCAGGUGUGUUUGUCCAUGCCUGUGGGUGUCUUGCUCCGUCCUUCCAGAUGUACAUAGCCCAGCCCAGUCAGUUGUGAGAGGAUGACGUGCAGAUGCGAUUUCUCAGGUCAUUUGUAUGUUUGACAUUACAGCUGCUGCUUUUGUUGCCACUACCCCCAGGUCCAGCCUGGCUUAAAGUCCAGGUUGAAGUAAAAAAAGAUGGGGGCUUUUCUGUGUCCUGGGAGGGGGGAGCCGGAUCCCUGGUAGGGUGCAAGGUAAGACCUGCAGUGGCUUUACUGUGAUUGGACCUGGCCUACCUGUAGCCUCAGGGUGAGGGGAUGCGGCCUGCAGUGGUGGACCCCCCCCAUACAUCUAUGUGCCUGGCCUUGGCCAAGCGGGAGGCAGCACUGCCAUAGGCUUUGACUUGCCUUCCUGCUCCUAUACCCCAGGUGGGCAAAACCUAGGGGGCCAACAGUCUGAAUGUAUCUUUCUCCCCAUUUUAACCUGAGCUGCCUAAUGCACAGUGGGGGGUAGUUACAGGGGCAGGGACCCAGGGCUGAUCAUGGAUUCCAGGGAAAGUGCCAUGCACAGGAGUGAUGGUCACCUCUGUGGAGCCAGGCUCCUUACUUGGUCUUUGCCAUAUAUAAGCACUUCUACAAAGAGGCUCUGGGGUGACAGGGCUCCUACUACCUGACUGCUAUCUCUCCCUGCCUGCGUUGCUUCUCUUUGUCUGCUGUCCCUGAAGGAGAUGGCCACCCUUUGAGCCUGGGGGAGCUGUUCUAGGCAGAGCCCCUGCUUGGGGUUUUGCUGGAGCUGCUGAUGGAUAGUAUCUGUCCAGGGACCUUGUUUCAAAGGGAAUGGGCGUAAGCCAGCAAGGCAUCCCCACAGUUAUCAAGAACGUUUUCUUGUUUUUAAACCAUCACGUCUUCAUUUCACAUUGGAAUAAAGUGAGUUUUUGAAACCUGCUG